UAUGAAUAUUGAUAAUAUCAAUCUAGGCUACUUUGAAGGAGAUCACUCCUCCACUUGUUCUUAUUGUCAUAAAGGAAAAUCUUAUUCCUUAGGAUUCUCUACAAGUAAUAUAUUAUCAAUCUAUUCAAACAAGAUAAAUUAUAUCCUUCUACAUAUCAAUCCAUGAUGGAUAGAGGAUGGCGACGAUGUGGUACAUAUUAUUACAAAUAUAAUUUCACAUUAAAUUGUUGUCUGUCUUACACAAUCAGAGCCAAUGCUCUUUUAUCUUAAUAGAAAAAAGGAUAAAGGAAGAUUGCUAAAACAUUUUUAAAAGUUGUUUAAUCUGAUUUACUUAUAAAUAAAGUAGAAGAUUUGAAACAAGUAAUACAAUAAAUAAGUUAAAAUCUAAAGUAAAAAUAAGAAUCAAAACAAUUAAACAAAUAGCCAUAAUAAUUACAAUAAAAGAUUGAACCUAAAUAAAAAAUAAUAGAAGUAAAAUAGAAACCUUAAAAAAUAUCAGAAGAAAUAAUAUAAUCAUUAAAAUUACAUUUUAAAUAAUUCUAAGAAAUCAUUACUUAAAAUAUAUAAGAAGUAAUUUAAUUAUUUAAAGAAUAUUUUGACUAAAAGGGAUUUAAAUUAGAAGAAGUUUAAUAAAUAUUCUAAAUUAAUGUAAAUAUUGAUACAAUUUAAAUAUUUCCAUCAUAAGUUAAUAAUAAAGGAGAUUAUUAUAGUAAUUUUAUGAUGCUCAUUUAUGGUCUUAAUAAAAAAUUAUUAUUCUAAGAUUUUCCUGUCAAUAAAUUUGCUUUACAACUUAUUCCUUUUGUUUAAAAGAAUUUUAUUAGCAAUUAAUACUUAUUUAUAUAAGAACCAAAUGGAUUUCUAUCGAUAUUUACAAAAGAAAAUGAAUAAAAGGCUAAUUUGCAUUUAAAUUAAAUUGAAAAAUAGAUUGUUUAAGAAAAAUAAAAGGUCAUUAUUGAAUAAAAUGUUGUGAAUUAAUAAAAAUGUAUCUAUAUUUAUAUACUUAUAAAAUAGAAAAUAUUAAAAUAAUAGAUGCACUUACAUUUAAAUCAAAUUAAUUUUAAAUAGGAAACAUGAAGGUUUUGUUGAAACCUGCAGAAUGUACAGAAGAAAACUUUUAAUUAUAUAAAAGAUAUUGUAAAGAAAUUCAUGGUAGUACAAAAGAAAGUAAAGAUGGAUAUUCUUCAUUUUUAUGUGAAUAGGGAUUAGAUUAAAAGAAAUUUAUAUAAUCAUAAAUUGAUAAAAGUAAACUCCUAUUUAUGGGAUGUUUUCAUAUGAGAUAUUAUCUUGGAGAUAUUUUGGUUGCUGUUGGAGUAGUAGAUAUUACUGAGACAGCUUUAAGCUCAGUUUAUUUUUUUUAUGAUCCAAUAUUUGAAGAAUUCAAUUUUGGAACAUUUGGAGCUUUAGUUGAAAUAGAGUAUAUUCAAUUAAUGAAUCAAUAUUUUCCUGAUUUUAAGUAUUAUUAUUUGGGAUUUUAUUUAUAAAAUACUAAUAAGAUGUCAUACAAAGGGGAUUUUGAACCAUGUGAAUUAUUAUGUCCAGAAACAUAUACAUGGGUUGAAUUAACAAAAGAAUUAAGAAAAGAAAUUGAUAAAAGAUAAGCUUAAUAAAUCAAUUAAAGAUAGUUAAGAAUUAGUAAAUAAAAUGUUUAGAUUAUUGAUGAUAUGAAAAUUAAUGAUAAAUCAUUUUAUGGGUAGAUUCAGGUAUCUUUAAAAGGGAAGAUUUUAAGAUUAUCAUAAUUGAAUUUUGAUAUGAAUAAAUUAUAUAAAUAUUUGGAUAAUGGUUAUUGUAGAUUUGGAAGAUAAUUGAUGGAGAAAUUGAUAUUUGGGAUAUGA